AUGGCGCCCGCCCGGCGCGCGUGGGGCUGGGGGCGCCGGGGCGCCGAGCGCGCGCCGCUGGCCAAGCCCGCGGUCGCUGAGCACACGCUCUCGGAGUUGCUGGAAAGGCUCUGGUUUCAAGGCCGGCUUGUGCAAAACCGAGGUCUGGAGAGCUGCGCGGGCAGCUGUCUCUGUGCCCUGACCGCCAACGUGAGGACAGUCGGGGACGCCUGGAGACUCCCGUGCCCACAGACGUGCCGCCGAGAUCCGCAGAGAUGCCACCCCUCGGCCAGCGUGCCUGUCGGGGACCGUUUCUCAGCCGGGCUUGCUGGGGAGCCCCGGCGACGCCCUUCCCGAACCUUCCUUCUAACUGUCUUAAAACAACGCCACAGCGAGCCUCUGCGGGAGCGCCCGGUGCCCGGCGCGCCCGCCUGCCUGGCCCUGCCCGGGGUGCUAGGCGUGGGUUGGGGCGCCUACCGGCCCCCCAGCCUCAGUGCUCCGCCUUCGCUGCGCGGGUCAGCAGAGGACGGAGAGCGCUCGGGGAGCUGCACGAGGCUGCCCCCCCGGCCUCCGCUGCGCUGGGCGCCCGCGGGCAGCUCCGAGCAGGAGACGCAGUGUGGCUGGAGUGUGGGGCCCGGCCUCGGCGAGCGACACCACCGACCCCGGCCCCGAGCCAUCUGGACGCCGAGCGCGAGCGCGUUUGAAGUGGUUUGGGGGCUCUUUGUUUGCCAGGCCGCGCUGGCUCUGGGCCUGGAGGUGUUUACGGCUUUGAUGCCUUUGAACCUAUUCCCAGGUGACCCGGGCUCAAUUAGGCCCGGGCCUAAGCGCUGUCAGGCAAGCUGCGUGAUCAAGGGCGGGCUGGGCCCUCUUAGUGGAGUUGAACCCGAGGCCGGAAAGCGAUCGGUCUCUGCUGCUUCUCCAGCCAGCCAGGCGUGCCACGAGGUGGGGCCCGCGGGCCGCGACCACCGCCUUGGGAAACCAGAGGAGGACGGCAGAGAGCCGGCCCUUCGCGCCCCUGUCCGGGGGCCCUGGCUCUGGCCGUUCUAGGGGCCGUUUUCCCAACAGUCCGUCAAGGAAGGUAGAACGCCUAGGAGCGGGCCCUCGCAGGCACGUGACUCCGUGUCUGCGCCCCAGACCCGCGGCCCCACAGUCCGAUGACUAAAGGUUCUACAGAGCCACCGCACCCAGCCCCACCCGGCCUGACCGCCCUCCUUCCUCGGCGCUGGGAAGGCCCCUGGCUCCUCCAGCGCAGCAAAAUAGCUUUCCUGAUCCCUUUCUUUAUAAUUCUCAAAUAAAAAUUUAAGGAAAGAGAGAGAAGCCAGGCCCCCCAGCUGUCCUGACCCUGCUGGGGUGCGACCCCUCCUGGGACUUCACUGAUGAAAAGGGCCUGUUUUUCCAGAACUGGCCUUUCCCUGGCUUCUUUGCUCAGUGACAGCAGCGAUCUGCCGCUCUUUUACCAACCCUGUGUGGGGCUAAGGACCCAGAUGGCCACAUCUCCCCCUUCCCAGAUGGGGAGGGCUUUUACUACUAGUAGAGGAGCUGCCUGGUAGCCUGUUUCGCCCCCGCAGUCUCUCUGUCUCUCUGCCUCUCUGCCUCUUUGCCUGUCUCUCUGUCUCUCUGUCUGCUGCAUGCUCCUGUGUCAUUCUCUGGCUCUGUCGGUGUGUCUCUUUCUGUCUCUCUCCAGCAGAGAGAGUUCAGAGUUUAAUUUGAAAGAAAAACAGCUCCGCUUUGGUCCUGAACAGCAGAGGACUCAGUACAGUCCUGAGGACCAGAGGACCAGAGGCCCCAGGGACGCUUUGGAAGGGGAGUGCAAGCUGGAUUGCAGGCUCCUCUGCCUGGAGAGAUGGGCAUGGUGGAUUUCACCUGAGACGCCCAGCCGCCCUGGGGCUGUCAGAACCAACAGCCCAGUUCAAUAGUAUGGACACGCUUUCUUCACCGCAUAUCUUUUCUAUUUUAAAACACUUUAACAAUGAAUUAAAGCGUUGGAGUCUGUGAUACUGAUGGCUGCUGGAGAAAACCUUUGUUAACAGAAUUCGGAGUCUCUGUCCUGUUGUACUGUCAGUCCCUCGGAGUCAUUACCUGGGCAGUGACCGACUUCAUAAAUAGGAGAAAAUGAGGCACAGUGACAUUUAGCAGCGUUUCCAACGUCACCUGCAAGUUAGCCGGGUAACUGACAGCAUUUCUCUCUUUUGAGGAGGGGGAUUUGCUGAAUUAAACCCGAAAUGAAAAUGUCAUCAAUUUAGGAAAUAAUAGAUGAUUGAUUCAGUUUGAGUUUUUUCUUGUAAAAAUUAAGUCAGUGAUGAGGCUAGUAAAGCCAGUGUAUUAAUACCCUAAGUAACACAAGGUAUCUCUGUGUGAGUAUUCAUUGCAGGACCGCACAGGCUCCCUGGACUUGAGUUAAAUAUCACACAACAAAGAUUCACGGAAGUAAAUAUGCAGUUCUUGGGGUACUUAUUCAUUACUGAGUAUGGAAAAUCCUGUCAGGGCUUCCUUUCACAUAUGUAAAAAAGUGCUUUGUUGCAUGCGACUUUGUUUAAAAAAAAAAAAGACAUGGUGUUCUGAAAGA